CGCUGUUGCUCCAUUUGCACUUUACAAGGUGGCGGAGCACGUCGGCCUAUGACUUCGCGCCUCUUCUCGCCGCUCUCUUUCACGAUUGUUCGCAUUUGCGUAAGCACAAUAUUUCACAAAGCUGGUGCUUCAAACGCCCCAAGCAGCGUCAAUUGCUGUCGUAUUACUCGCGAUCUCUCGCACCGCGUGCUUUUCUGUUGAAAAUCCGUGUCCCAUCCCGAUAAAUAAAGCUUAACCGAGACACGGUAUAUUAUAGGCAUUGGCCCGGCUUUUCCAAUUCCUUUGACUCCGGAUUACGAGGGAGGUUGGAAAAAUGUCUUUCCUCUCGUCGAUCGUCAAUAAUAUCGUGCCAAUAGUGAAAGCUGACGACGAUGAGUUGGUUGAUCCACAAAUUGUAGUUCGAGAAAAGUGUGCAAAAUUGUCUACAUGUAUGGCUUUAAAGCAAACUUUGGACGAUUGCAAUAAUCGUGUCAGAAGCAAGAGUCAAACAACAGAGAUUUGUUCCGAGGAAGUUGUCAAUUUCAUCAGCUGCAUAGAUCACUGUGCUUUAAAGACUUUGUUUAAUUAUCUUAAAUAAGCAUUAUUAUGAAGUAGGAAUUUUAAUAAUCUUAGAUACUUUUCUUGUUAUUUAAAUUAUAUGCAUAUGUAUAUAUACACACAUAUCUAUACGUGCGUACCAUGUGCGCUCUUGUAGGUAUGUAUGUGCGUGUCU